AGGGAGAGUCUAUAGAGCCUUUCCCCGCCAGCGUCUUCGCGUCUAGGCUCCAGAAGACAGCUUGGUCGUUUGUCGUCACUGACUCUGCUACGCGCCUCUGGGUUCCUCUACCUCAUCGUCGAUGUGGCCCUAAUGGUGCGGCAGGCUGUGAAUUCCUAGAGCGCUGGAGUGAAUUUAAGAAGAUUUUGUCCACGUGUAUGGCAUAGAAGAUGAAUUCGUCCUCCUCCACCAUGAAUGAGGAACCUGACGCUCUCUCUGUAGUUAACCAGCUUCGAGACCUAGCCGCAGAUCCUUUAAACCGACGAGCCAUUGUCCAGGAUCAGGGAUGUCUGCCUGGCCUUAUUUUAUUUAUGGACCAUCCCAACCCCCCUGUCGUCCACUCAGCUUUGCUCGCUCUUCGAUACUUGGCAGAGUGCCGUGCCAACAGAGAAAAGAUGAAAGGAGAGUUGGGAAUGAUGUUAAGCUUGCAAAAUGUUAUACAGAAGUCUACAACUCCAGGGGAAACAAAACUGCUAGCCUCUGAAAUCUAUGACAUUCUUCAAUCUUCCAAUAUGGCAGAUGGGGAUAGUUUCAGUGAAAUGAAUUCACGUCGAAGGAAAGCUCAGUUUUUCCUGGGAACUACAAACAAACGUGCCAAAACAGUGGUUUUGCAUAUAGAUGGUCUUGAUGAUACGUCCCGGAGAAACCUGUGUGAAGAGGCCUUGUUAAAAAUUAAAGGUGUUAUUAGCUUUACUUUUCAAAUGGCCGUUCAGAGAUGUGUGGUACGAAUCCGUUCAGACCUUAAAGCAGAGGCGUUGGCAUCAGCAAUAGCAUCAACCAAGGUUAUGAAGGCUCAGCAAGUUGUGAAGAGUGAAAGUGGAGAAGAGAUGCUGGUCCCGUUCCAGGACACGCCUGUGGAGGUGGAGCAGAACACGGAGCUGCCUGACUACCUGCCCGAGGAUGAGAGCCCCACGAGGGAGCAGGACAAGGCGGUGUCCCGGGUGGGCUCCCACCCGGAGGCCGGGGCUAGCUGGCUGAGCACAGCUGCAAACUUUUUAUCCAGGUCAUUCUACUGGUGACUUCCCUUUGGGGCUCAAGGACUGUAUAAGCGAACAAGGGGCCAGUUUUCCAUUGUCGUGGUGAGCUGUCAAGUGCAAUUUGCAAUAAGUUAUCAUGAAAAGUUUCUAGAUCCCAUGAUUGAGAAUGCUGCAUUUUACAUUCUACCGGACAUUUUACCCCACUAAGUGGUAAAAGGGACAGAGGCAACAGGUGGAGUUGCUUUGUUGAUGAAGGUAUUUUGGUUUUGUUGUCCUUUGUUUAAUUGCCUCACUUAAAAAAAAAAAAAGGGUCCACUGUUAAACCAAACAUGUAUUUGUGCAGCUUUACAUUUUAUUUGACAUGAAGCACGUGAUUAGGAAAACUCAUUUUCUCAAGCUUCAGGACCUAGAAGAGAAUUUUUUUUUUUUUUAGCUCAAGUUGUGCAUGACGUACUGAACACUUUUCUCUGCCUUUUCUCGUGAAAGAUAUUUGCUUUGGUACUCUUCACUGAAAGUGGAAAGCAUUUCUCGUUAUUCCCCUUUUGUGCCUUUUUUUAAUUUUGCCAACCAUGUUUAUGGACAAGACGUUACCAAUGACAUUUUGUGAAUUAAAACAUAUUCUUUGGAACAUAGCAGUCCCCC